AUGUCAUCCUCUUCACUGUCUGAUCUUGGGGAGACCCACACUGAUAACACCGUCAACGUUACUGAAGCUUCAGACACGGAGCGCGAGACGCUCGACGGGAAUGGUAGCCUUGUCGAAAAGGCCAACGCAACGCACCAUGGUCGGAUCGUCAUUGAAGACUGGUCAGAGACUGGGAGUGGUAUCCAUGUUGACUUUGAUGAUAGGGAAACGGUACCUCUGACACAAGCGAUAUCAGGCCAAUUUCUGGGCCGAGGUGCUACAGGAGAUGUCCACGAAACUACCGUGCAGGGAUGGAAGCUUGCGCACAAGAAAAUAUACUUCACCCGAAGAGUGAAAGAGAUCGAGAAAAAAGAGAUAUCGAUCCUCACGAAACUGGUCCACGUGCAUAUCACACAGUUGAUUGGCACAUAUACUCAGAAAAGAAUACUAGGCGUGCUUAUGUACCCAGUGGCAGUGUGCGAUCUGCAUACGUUCUUUGAAGACGUUGAGGCAUGGUCAAACGUAGCGCCUACAGAGAGGCAGCCUGGAGUAGAAGCGGUUUCCAUGGACUAUAUCCACAGAUCGCGACUCGAAGAGCUCGGUUACAAUUUCCCAGCAAAGACCGAACAGCACAAGGCUACACUAGUAUACUCGAAGAUCGGCUGCUUGAUCUCAGCCGUUGCAUACUUGCACGACCAAAAGAUUCGUCAUAAGGACCUCAAGCCUUCCAAUAUCUUAUUGUCCGGAGAGAAAAUUUGGUUAAGCGAUUUUGGAAGCGCCACGGACUUCACGCUUCUCUCGCAGAGUGCAACCAACAACGAACGCGGAACACCGCGCUACUUUGCUCCAGAGUAA